AGACAAAGCUGAGGCUUAAGCAAAGAUCUGAUUAGACAGUUAUAUUAUAAGUGCUCCACACUGGAUGCAUGCAACAGUAUAAAAGCCCAGGCUUGCAGCAUGCAGAGUCACCACAGACUGCCCUGUCAGAGACGGGAGAGAAUGGCUGGACGAAGGCUGAUUAUUGUCAUGCUUAUGGCUUUGUAUGGCGACUCAUAUAGGCUCUUCAACAAACAUAGGGAGGAUAAACAUACUGGGCUGAAGAAAAUGAUUAAGAGGCCAUCCUGGAGCCACAGGAAUCUUUCCUCUGUUCCCCUGGGCUUGGAUGAGGGGCUGAUAGAACUAGAUUUGUCAAACAAUGUGAUACAAAAAUUCAAAACAAUUAACCUCCAAUUCCUGGAGAGACUGGAUAUAAGCUACAACCAUCUGAGUUUUAUAUACAAAGGCGCUUUCAAAAGCUUGGUCCGGCUCCACAACCUGAACCUGGCAAGCAACUCGCUAAACAACAACAUAAUCAACAACAGUCAAGCCUUCAAAGACCUCCAAACCCUGAGAAGUCUGGACAUCUCAAAGAACAACCUGGAUGAGGAGGCGGUAAAACAAUACCUCAGCAACUCAUCUUCACUGGAUUACCUGACAGUCACGGGAAAUGUUGUAUCAAAACUAACAGCCCAGUCUUUCGCAAACACCAAAAACCUGAAAGUCAUUAACUUGGAGAACAAUCUAAUUUCAAAAAUCGAAGAAGGAACUUUUAACCCCCUGAAAAAGCUUACUAAACUGAACUUGGCCCAGAAUAAUUUGGCUUAUAUCUGCGACUUUAAACUUUACCAGGUGACUUAUUUAAACCUUAGCAGAAACUCCAUAGAGUUCUUUAUAACACAUGAUAACGAAAACGUGUAUCAUCUAGAAGUUCUGGAUUUAAGCUACAACAAUCUUAUCUACUUCCCCAUUCUGCCAAAACACAACCACUUGAAAUAUCUCCAUCUCCAAAACAACAGACUGGGUGUCAUAGAAAUGGCAAACUCAGCCUCAGAAGCAAAUCAUCUUUAUGAGGACAUAACUAGAAGCAAGCAUUCCGGAACAGAGAAUGAAGACAGUGUAUAUUCUGACUGGCAAAUCAUGCCUUUAGUUCACUUGGACUUGAGCAGCAACCAUUUCAGAUCCUUCCCUCUAACGAUGGUGAGAGAUCUACAGUCUCUGGAGAUCCUGAACAUCAGUGACAACUGCCUACAGAAUAUCAGCAACAAUGCCUUUAGAAAAGACAGUCAGUUAGAUCUCUAUAACUACUCGUUGCCAUCUUUGCGUCACAUAAAUCUGAAGGAUAAUAAUAUACAGUAUUUGUCCCCCAUCCUUUCCAAUACUUUUCCUAAGAUAGAGACCAUGACCCUUCAAAGUAAUAGGGUAAGACCCUGCCCUGCAGAACCAUUUGGAAUAUCUGAUCUAACUCCAGACAUGCCGUGUGUGUCUUUCAGUAACAUCAGAACACUAAAGCACUUAGACCUCCAGGAAAAUGGUAUAAAGAUCUUGCUCCCUGGUGUAUUUGCAAAUAGCCCUUUGGUCUCCCUCAAUCUGGCUGGCAAUAAACACCUAACCAUUGCCAAAAAUGCUCUUAAGGACUUGCGGAAUACCCUUCAAUCUCUGAGCAUUGGACAGAAUAAUGUGACUGAUUCCCAAUUUGAUUUGGCGUGUAUGAAGGAACUGAGAAUCCUGAAUGUAUCUGGUAACAACCUGAAGAGCCUUCCAAGUACAACUGCCUGCUCCCCCCUGACGGAGUUGGACGUGAGGAAUAACAGCUUGACUACUUUAGAGAAUAUGACAAGGUCUCAUUUAUCUAUCAUUUACAUAAGCGGCAAUACUUUCAACUGUUGUCAGACCACAUGGCUUCAACAUCUACAUAAGGCCAAUGUAACAAUUCCAGACCUGGACAGAACCAAGUGUUUCCAUCAAACUGAACGCAUCAUUACUCUUCAUGUUUUAGAGAAUUCCACCAGUGUGUGUUUUGAUAAAAUUACAAAAAGGGACUAUGGCCUUCAGUACAUAAUUAUUCUGUGUAUCAUGUUUGUAGUUCUAUUAAUUGUAGUACUUGGUUAUGCACUAAAGAAAAAGUCUAGCCAUUUUGUAGGUCAAUAUUCCAUUUUUGGUGCUGGCAGUAUUUCCCUUAUGAAUCUCGUCACAGAUUAGUUUAUAAUUCAGAAAAUGUGGGAUUAUGGUAAGAACGGAUAAGGCACUAAAGUAUUUAAUAGUAUGGUCAAUAAAGUCUUCAACCACUCUU